CAUUUUCUUUCACCCAUCAACACUUUCUUACACAUAUAACCUUUUCAAUCAUUACAAAAAUAGCCACCAUGUCAAAUCUAGCCUUUCUUUCUCUAAUUUUCACAAUUUUCAUCUCUACUUCUAACGCCAUUUCCCAAUGCAAUGGCCUUUGUAAAACCUUGAAUGAUUGUGAUGGUCAAUUAAUUUGCAUAAACGAAAAAUGCAGCGAUGACCCUGACGUUGGAACCAACAUUUGCAAAAAUAACCCUCUGUCAGUCCCUUCUCCAACGAAUACCUGUCGCCCUUCUGGCACAGUCAGUUGUAACGGUAUACACCCUAUAUACCGUUGCUCACCACCUGUCACCUCCUCAACGCCCGCUCAACUUACCCUAAACGACUUCAGUAGUGGUAGAGAUGGUGGUGGUGCAUCGUCAUGUGACAACCGAUAUCAUGACAACAGCGAAAGACUAGUAGCAUUGUCGACUGGAUGGUUCGCGGGAGGUUCAAGGUGUGAUAAAAUGAUACGUAUACGCGCGAAUAAUGGUAGGACCGUGCCAGCUAAAGUGGUGGAUGAAUGUGAUUCUACUGGUGGUUGUGAUGAGGAACAUGCUUAUCAAAGUCCAUGUAAAAAUAACAUAGUGGAUGGUUCCAUUGCUGUGUGGAGAGCUUUAGGGUUGGAUACAGAUUUGGGUGUAGUUCCUAUUACUUGGUCCAUGGUCUAGGUCAGGGUGCAACCAUCGUCAGAAUUACAAAUUCGACAGAAUUCAGUAACUUCAGCUCGAAAGAUAUGUGUUUUAAAACUUAUUGAAUAAGUGUGUCAUCUUAUAUGUAAUAAGAUGUACAUUAGAAAAAGGCUCUUUCGCCGAAGAUGUUUUGGAUUUCUAUAAAUAGAACAUCUUGAUCUUCUCAAACAUAACACAGUAAUAUCUACGAUGUAGUCGUUAACGUGUUUUGUUUAGGAGUAAAGUAUUCUCUCAACGUGUUUUGUUUAGGAGUAAAGUAUUCUCUCAGCAUAUUUUAUAUCUUUUUAAUAUUGCUUUUCCAAUAUAUGUAGGUCAUUAGACCAAAUUAUAUCAAAUAUUUUGAUUUUUUAAUAUAG